AUGGUGCGGCGAAGCAGCACCGGCUUGUUUAGUUCGUUAUCGCUUUCGACUAGCACCAGCACAGUCAGCACGGCCAGCACGGCCAGCUCUAGCAGCGCUAGCAGCGACGAAGAUGAAGAACAAGUGAACGAUGACGAACGCGAGCAGAAAAAGUCGAUCCUUAGUGCUGCAACUGCUACCCAAUAUCCAUCCAUCAAGCUCACACAGCGUCUGCCGCAUACGUCCGGAUGUCUUGACGUGAACAUGGCCGAACGUCUUCGAAGUCAUUUUCCAUCACGCGUAGCAGUAUGCUCCGAAUGGUCAUUGCUGUACAGUAUGGACCAACAUGGAGCGAGUCUACAGACCAUGUAUCGCCAGCUAUCACAGCACCACGGCCCUUGUGUGCUAGUUAUUCAGACCAUUGACGACGAGAUCUUUGGCGCCUACUUAUCAGAACCAGUACAUGUCCAGUCACGAUAUUAUGGAUCAGGCGAAUGUUUCCUUUGGAGGUUGGAUUCCUCCUCGUCCGUACUACCUCUGGAUAUCUAUCGUUGGACAGGCAAAAACGACUAUUUAUGCUAUUCUGCUCGAGACUACAUCAGCAUGGGUGGCGGAGAUGGCCGCGUGGCGAUCUGGCUCGACGAAGAUUUGCUCCAAGGACACACAGAAUCAUGUGCCACGUUUGAUAACAAACCCCUAGCGACUAGCUCAAAGUUCGAAUGCCUCGCAUUGGAAGUAUGGGGCUUUCGAUACUAA